AUGGCACGUAGAAAUUUUCCAAUCGUUAUUUGCCUUUUGGCAGCUGCCAUCGGCGCUGUACACGGUGAGGCACCUGAAGCUUUAGUCGGCGCUUCACUCGCUAAAGAUAACGAAUUUCCAUACUUGGUAUCCAUAAGAUUGAAUAAUUAUUUACACUGUGGUGGUGCUAUCAUUGAUGAAUAUCAUAUCCUUACCGCCGCUCAUUGUAUUGUACCUUUAUUAAGCAAAAAACCUGGUGAGGUAACCAUUGUUACUGGUACGAAUAAUCUUUACUCUGGCGGUCAACUUUACAAACCAAAAUUAUACGUCGCUCAUCCUGACUAUGACUCCGAUAAAGCUUGGGUAAAUGACAUCGGUGUAAUCAAGCUUUCCAGCGCAAUUCAAUUCAAUGAUCGUGUAAAACCUAUUGCUCUUCCAAACACAAUGCCACCAGUUAACGUUCAGGCUUUGAUCGGUGCUUGGGGUGCAACAUCUUCACCACCAAGGAAUAUCUCUCCUUUACUUAGAACAUUGAAACUCAAAUUAUUGUCUCAAAAGGAAUGUCAGCGCUUUUUCAAAGACAUAGUUAUCCAUUCGAAUCAAAUCUGUACUCUGGUUCAAAGGAACGUUGGCACGUGUUCAGGUGACAGUGGCAGUCCAUUAGCCUACAAUAAUUAUAUAAUCGGUGUCGUCUCCGGUGGAAUACCUUGCGCCCAAGGAAUCCCUGACAUCUUUACUAACGUUUACAGUCAUCUUAGCUUUAUCUUAGAUGCCUUGUCUCGUUAA